GAGAAAGCCAUGGAGGAUAGAAGGAAGCGUCGGGGAUGCGCAGCUGUUCCUGCCCCGUUGCUGCUGGGGCUUGUCGUCGGACUGGCCUCGCCCCUUGCCCAGGGUCGGGAUCUCCGCUUUGUGACCUUGUUAUAUCGUCAUGGAGAUCGUUCCCCAGUAAAGGCAUACCCCCAAGAUCCCUAUCAGGAAAAUGCCUGGCCACAGGGGUUUGGGCAGCUUUCUCAGGAAGGGAUGCGGCAACACUGGGACUUGGGCCAAGCCCUGCGAAGGCGCUAUGAUGGAUUCCUGAAUGCCUCGUACAAUAGGCAGGAGAUCUUCAUCCGCAGCACAGAUUUUGAUCGGACCCUGAUGAGCGCUGAGGCCAAUCUGGCAGGACUGUACCCCCCAGAAGGGCAACAGGUGUUCAAUCCCAACGUUUCUUGGCAGCCCAUCCCCGUCCAUACAGUACCUGGCUCUGUGGAGCGGCUCCUGAAGUUUCCUUUAACCCCCUGUCCCCGUUAUGAACAGUUGCAAAAUGAAACCCGGCGUACAGCAGAGUACAUGAAUAAAACAGCUCAGAAUAUGGAAUUCCUGAAGAUGGUGGCACACGAGACAGGAAUCCAGGACGUUUCCCUUGAGUCUGUAUGGAGUGUGUAUGACACACUAUUCUGUGAAAAAACACACCAAUUGCCACUUCCAUCAUGGGUGACUCCUAAGGUAUUGACUCAGCUGCAAGAGCUGAAAGAUUUCAGCUUUCAGUUCCUUUUUGGGAUCUACAGACAGGUGGAGAAAGCUCGUCUGCAGGGUGGGGUCCUUCUGUCUCAAAUAAGGAAAAACCUUAAUCUAGCUGCCAACACCUCUGCACACCAACACCUUAAAAUGCUUGUGUACUCAUGUCACGACACCACUCUUGGGGCCCUGCAGAUGGCUCUGAAUGUUUACAAUGGGAGGCAAGCACCUUAUGCUUCAUGUCAUAUGUUUGAGCUGUACGAAGAGGAUGAUGGCAACUUUUCUGUGGAAAUGUACUUUAGGAAUGAAAGUGGGCACGAUCCUUAUCCGUUACGGCUACCCAACUGUGAACAGCGUUGCCCACUGCUGAAAUUCCUGCAACUCACAGAACCAGUUAUUACACAAGACUGGGAACAGGAGUGUCAGAUAGCAAGCACUAUGUACGAUACAGAACUUAUUGUGGGUUUGGCUGUCUGUGGAUCCAUCCUCUUCCUGCUUACUGUUCUGCUCCUGACAGUACUCUUCCGUAUGAGGUCACAGCCGCCUGGCUACCAGCAUGUUUCCAACGAAGGAGAGGAACAACCUUGACG